ACCUAAAUAAAAAAUAAGAUUAAUAUUUUCCAUCUUCUUCUCUACUUCGGCCAAACCCUAAAUUGUGGCUUCUUAAACGCACUUCGGUGAGAAGUUUGAAAUUCCGAAUCUUCACAAAUUCGGAAAAUCGAUUCAAUCCGAAGAAGUGUUUUUCACUUCUUCAACCAAAAAUGUGUAACCGCAAAACCCUAUCGGAUUCAAUUCCCCUUUCUCCACGACGAUCUAAUCUACCCGUUCUAGCCAGAUCAGUGUGGAGUUCCAAUCUCGAAUUCGAAUUCGAUUUGAUUCGUUCCAUUGUCGAUUCAUUUCCUCUCAUUUCUAUGGAUACUGAAUUUCCCGGUGUUAUUGUCCGUGCUGAUUCCGGUGACCCUUCGUUCAAGCACCGUGGUGCUUCUCUUUAUGCUCUUUUGAAAGCGAAUGUUGAUCGUUUGCAUUUGAUACAGAUUGGUCUUACUCUCUCUGAUCAUAAAGGUAAUCUUCCAACCCUAGGUAGUUCCAAAUCUUAUAUUUGGGAAUUUAACUUCAAAGACUUUGAUGUGGCGCGUGAUGAUCACGCUGCUGAUUCUGUUGAGUUGUUGAGGCGUCAGGGUAUUGAUUUUGAGAAGAAUCGUGAGUUUGGGAUUGACUCUGUUCGGUUUGCUGAGUUGAUGAUGGCGUCUGGUCUUGUAUGUGAUGAUUCUGUUAGCUGGGUUACUUUUCAUAGUGCUUAUGAUUUUGGUUAUCUUGUGAAGUUGCUGACUCAGCGUGCAUUACCGGAGGAUUUGGAGGAAUUUCUCGGUAUUGUGAAGGUGUUUUUUGGUGAUAAGGUUUUUGAUGUGAAGCAUUUGAUGAGGUUCUGCUCGAACUUGCACGGUGGGUUGGAUAGGGUUUGUCAGUCGUUGAAGGUGGAAAGGAUUAUAGGGAAGAGUCAUCAGGCGGGUUCUGAUAGUUUGCUUACUUUGCAUGCUUUUCAGAAUAUCAGAGAGCUUUACUUCGGGAAAGCAGAUGGGUUUGUCAAAUAUGCUGGUGUGUUGUAUGGAUUAGAAGUUUGCUGAGUACUAUUUAAGUUUUACUUUUAUUCAUGGAGUCGAGUCAAGUGUCAAUUUCCUUUCGGUUUGUUUUAUCCCGAAUAGUGUCGUCAACAUUCUGGCUUAUCAACAUCAUUGGGAGUUUUAAUUCUAUGGGUUAUAAUACAUUUGCAUCUUAUCUUCAUGACUGUAGUAGUGUAGUAGGAUUGAGGCAAUGCAAUUAUUCUUUGAGGAUGUGUUAAUACAUGGAGUUAGAGUUUAGUGUUUGCUUAGGGGAAUUUUUGCGUCAACUGUCCCCUAUUAUUGUAGCAGUGAUUAUUCAAUAGAAACGAUUUAUGUUGGAGUUUCA